UAGAGUGACACGGCGCAGUACAAUUGGUCACUGGAUCGAACCGGACAAAGGCUAUUCUACCGAAAGGUCCGAAAUGAACCAAGCUCAUCAGUCAUCGCCCUUCCAUGGCACCGAAGCAAAACAAAAGCUCAAGAAAUUCUGAAUGAGACCCCAAAUCUUCGCCGUGAACUCCGAUAUUUCACUGACAUGUGAAAUGGCAGAAAUCCUUUGUGAUGUUCUGGAGCAGGGUCUUUGGAUGAACUGGAGCGGUGCGGAGUUGGAAGGAGCUACACCGUUUCUAGCUGGGCUUGCAGUAGCUGCUGCUGCUCUUGCAGGUAGAUAUGGGAUCCAGGCUUGGCAAGGAUUUAAGGCACGUCCACCAAAUUCUAGAAUGCGCAAAUUUUAUGAAGGUGGUUUCCAGCCGAAGAUGACGAAAAGGGAAGCAGCCCUUAUUCUUGGUCUUAGGGAGAAUGCAACGCCAGACAAGGUCAAAGAAGCACAUAGAAGAGUAAUGGUUGCAAACCAUCCUGAUGCAGGUGGUAGCCAUUACCUUGCUUCCAAAAUUAAUGAAGCUAAAGAUGUGAUGCUUGGAAAGACAAAGGGUAGCGGAUCUGCAUUCUAAUAUUAUUCCAAGUUUCUUUGAUUUUGCAAUCCCACAAGUGAAAUCUGUCCUCUCAAUUCGUAAUCUUUAACUUAUAAAAAGGUCAUGCUUGCCCAAAAAUUGUUUUUUUUUUCCUGUUGUUCGGGAGUUGAAUUCUCAUUGCACUGAUUGUUGUUAGUUGUUACUCCUGAGUGCUACCCUUGCCCCCCUCUUAUUUUCUGUUCGAUUUUUAUGGAAUUAGACAGAAAAUUUUAGGGGAUUUUGAUCCUUGGUUGUUGUUA